AUGAAGCGAUCCGCAGAGGAGCUGUUUGAGGUCCAAAAUUUACGCUCGUCGUCAACAAGCGUGGAAACAGAGACCGCUAGUCUUGCGGAGGCGGUUGACUCGAUCAACACGGCCAGUUCUGCAGACCAAAUAGCGGUGCAGGACUCCCAGAUCGAUGUUAACCAGCAGUUCACUCAAAACGUGACGCGGCAGCUCAAGCGACGUCGCGUGCUGGGAUUGAUGACCCAGGCCCAUAAUUCUGAUCUGAGUGAGGUUGAUGGCAGUCCUGCCAAGGCAGGAAUCAUUCUGAAGCUCGAGCUGCACAACUUCAUGUGUCACGCGGCCUUCAAGCUAGAGUUUGGUGAACAGACAAACUUUAUCAUUGGACGAAACGGUUCCGGUAAGUCGGCUAUUCUCACAGGGAUAUCUGUUGCACUGGGAGCCAAGGCCAGCGACACAGAUCGAGGAAACUCGCUCAAAGGUCUUAUAAUGCACGGCAAAAACGUUGCACGAGCGAGCGUCACGUUCAAAAACGAGGGAACUGAAGCGUAUAGACCGGACGAAUACGGAAAGACGAUCAUAAUUGAACGGGUGAUCAAAGCAGACUCGAGUCCCUCGUGUCAAAUUAAAGAUGAGUCUGGACGCGUGCGAUCUACAAAGAAACAAACCAUUGACGAUAUCCUGGAUUAUUACGGUAUAACCAUUGCCAACCCAAUGACGAUUCUUACGCAAACAGAGGCAAAGACCUUUUUGGCGCAUUCUAGCGAUGAAGGAAAGUUCCGUUAUUUCAUGGAGGGCACGAGACUCCAAGAGACGUUCAACAACGUUCAGGAACUACAAAAAGACGUGAACGAAAUCAAGCAGAAACUAUCUAGCGACGAGGAGAUAUUUCAGCAGUCAAAAGAGAAGUUGGACCAGACACUUGAGCUCUGGAACAAUUUCAAGAACUCGGAUGAGUUCAAAAGACAGCAGGAUUUACUAUCUGGUAAGAGAUUGUGGCUCGAAGUGGUGAACAAAGAGGAACAAUUGAGGCUAGCCAAGAACCUUCUUGAUGAGCGUCGUGCUGAAGUUGACAAUUUUGACAAGUUUGUCGAGGAAACGGAAAACUCUAUACGGAAUUAUCAAGCAGAGAAGGACGAAAAAGCACAGAAACUUUUAGAUCUUGACGAGACCUUGCAAAACAAAGACAUCGAAAAGGAGAGUAUGAAAGAGGAGCUGAAAAAGACUCAGGAAUCUCUCAAACAGAUUCAGUUGAAGCAAGCGUCGAUCCAAAACGAAAUCACUGCAGACGAAGCUACUCUAGAGAAUGUCGAGAGCCAGAUCAACCUGGAAAAGAAUCGGCUUGACUCUGAUACCAGUGCCACUUUUGGCAAUCUACAAAACUUGAAAGCCAAGCAGAAAGAGGAAAUGGCUGAGCACCGUACCCGCGUGAACGAGCUCACAGCGGCUGCAGAAGAAUUGAAGUUGCAAAAGAGCGAUUUGAGCGAGAGUUACCGUCGUGAAGCCAAUGAAAUCAAACAAGAGUUGAGUACUUUGGAGCAGAGCAAAGCACAAUUUAAUAACAAACAGGGUAGUCGACUGGACUGUUUUGGUGUUGGCGUUGUUCGGUUGCUUAAAGAGCUGGGGUCGAGCACAAACAGAUACAAAGGCCGCAUCACAGGUCCUCUUGGAAUGAAGUUCUCUCUGAAAUCAGAGUACGAGAAAUGGGGGUGGGUUUUGGAGAUUCUCCUACAAAGACAACUGGGAAGUUUCCUGGUGGAGAACUUUUCCGAUUCCAGUAUUCUUCGGGAUAGAAUGAAGUUCUAUCAGGUUCAUAGCGACAUCACUGUGCGCAAAGCAGAGGUGUUUGAUUACUCGCACAGUGUUCCUAGAGGAAACCAUUUGAAAAUGGUGGAUGCUCUUUCGUUUUCAGACAAGACCGUCGAAUGUGUUUUGGUGGAUACGAAUCGAAUCCACACCACUUUGCUCAUUGAAAACCGUACGGAUGCUGAGCAGGUGCUGUUGAACGAUCACGAAAACAAAAUCUCAGCUGUGAUUUGUCUGAUCCAAGGGGGUGCUUUGCGGAUCUCCAAGAGAAAUAACCGUUUGCAGACCGAUCCAAUUACUUCUUUCAAAAAUCGUGGAUGGAUCACGCUUCAUCGUACCGGUGACUCUGAAAACCCAGCUUCACAGUAUGACAGACAGCUUCGUGAAGCCAACGAGAGACUCAGAGCCGCAGAUGCUAGAUGGAAGCAGGCGGACAAGAAGAUCGAAGACGAGUUACAGGCUUCUAAGAACGAAAUUAAGGAGCUUCGUGCCCGUAUAUCUGUGUUGACCAAAGCAUCUGGUAAGAUUGACAUGAAACUAGAAGAACUUCAAAGCGGUACCGGUAAGCUCGAAUCGUACGAAGAGGAUCGGGAACGUUUGAGGGGCCAGAUCCAGCUGAAUGUGGAUAGAAUCAAGGGGUACAAGGCUGAGUCGGAGACGUUGAAAUCUGAGUACCAAAAGGUUAGAGACAAGUUCACUGCUGCUGGCCACCAAAUUAAAAGCAUACAGAGACAAAAGGCUGAGCUCUCUGAUAGCAUAGAGCAAUUGAAGGACCAGAUUGGAGAGUCGCGCGACAGCGUUAGAAUGAACCAAAUGAAGAUCGGCAAGUACAAAAACGAUGUGUCGAAGCUGGACGAUUUCGUCAACAUGCAGCUUCCUCCGGUGAUCGAAACCCUGGCCACGAAUGCUGGAUCGCACUGUUCUCGAGAAGAGGCAGACUUGCAACAGGGUGACACGAUCGAGAAAGUCGAUGCUCAGAUUGAAGCUAUUGCUAAGACCUUGUCGAAGAUCGAGCAGGAUGUUGGUGUCAGUAGAGACCAGGCCAAGCUGAACGUGAUCAAAGCACACGACGCUUACAACGACAUCAAGAAAAAGUACGAUGAGUCUGUCAAGUUGCACAACCACUUGGCCUCCUCUCUACAGGCGCGGCUUGAGAACCUUACUGCUACUGCCAGUUUGCUGAUCCAGGAGGUGAACAGUGUUUUCGAGUCUGCUCUCCGGUUGCGAGGAUUCACUGGAAAGAUCGACUUCGACUUUGCCAAAGCGCGGCUGGUGCUGAGAGUCUCUACAAAGCCUAGCGAGCGAUUAAGGAACGUGGAGUCCUUUUCCGGUGGAGAGAAGUCGUUUGCGCAGAUUGCGUUUUUGCUGGCCAUUUGGAAGCCGAUGCAGUCCAAAGUCCGUGGCUUGGACGAGUUUGAUGUGUUUAUGGACCAGGUGAACAGAAGGCUGGCCUUGAAGCUGAUUCUGCAGAAGGUUGGAGAGAAUCCAAAGACCCAAACGAUCUUCAUUACUCCGCUGCAAAUCACCCAGGUGGACGGUCUGGACCAAUCGUCAGUCCACAUCCACGAAAUUACACCGCCUGAACGAAAUAUCCAAGAAAAUUAA